UCUAUGGGAUUUUAGGCUUAGGACCCUUCUCCAUCAAUUUCCAAGUGAUAUGACCAAUCAGCAUCAAAGACCGACUGUAUUCAUUAGUGACUUCAAAUUCCUCUGGUCUUGACCUUAUUUAUCUGUUUCGGCUCUCCCUCAGCGCGGGAGGAGGCUGUGGGCUGCGGACUCAGUGCUGGAAUGAGGAGUAAUUGAGCUUGAGCUAAGCCUGAGUUUGCUUUCUCCUCCUGGUGUCAUUGCUGCAGCCUCCAGCGCCCGGUCGCUAGUUUCUCAGCCGCCUGUCUUCUCCGUGCAAAAUCUCCUGCAAAGACAGCUAAGCCGCCGCAGAAGUUGCCGGGCGUACGACUCCGGAGGCAUUGGCUCAGUAACUUUUCACGUCAUUUUCUGCUGUGGAGCCCCUUCUCGCCUCUCCGCGCAGCCUUUCCCACCCGCAAAUCACCAGUGCUCAUGGGGCAGGCGAAGAGGAGCUUGCAGCACUGAGCGGAACCGGACUCGAGCCCGUGAUGUCCGGCACCAAAUUGGAGGACUCCCCCCCUUGUCGCAACUGGUCAUCUGCUUCGGAGCUCAAUGAAACUCAAGAGCCCUUUUUAACCCCCACCGACUAUGACGACGAGGAAUUCCUGCGGUACCUGUGGAGGGAAUACCUACACCCGAAAGAAUAUGAGUGGGUCCUGAUCGCCGGGUACAUCAUCGUGUUCGUCGUGGCUCUCGUUGGGAACGUCCUGGUUUGUGUGGCAGUGUGGAAGAACCACCACAUGAGGACAGUGACCAACUACUUCAUAGUCAAUCUUUCUCUAGCUGAUGUGCUUGUGACCAUCACCUGCCUUCCAGCCACCUUGGUCGUGGAUAUCACUGAGACCUGGUUUUUUGGACAGUCCCUCUGCAAAGUGAUUCCUUAUUUACAGACUGUAUCGGUGUCUGUGUCUGUCCUCACAUUGAGCUGUAUUGCCUUGGAUCGAUGGUACGCGAUCUGUCACCCUUUGAUGUUUAAGAGCACAGCCAAGAGGGCGCGGAACAGCAUCGUCAUCAUCUGGAUUGUCUCCUGCAUCAUAAUGAUUCCUCAAGCCAUUGUCAUGGAGUGCAGCACCAUGCUACCCGGCUUAGCCAAUAAAACUACUCUCUUUACAGUGUGCGAUGAGCGCUGGGGUGGUGAAAUUUACCCCAAGAUGUAUCAUAUCUGUUUCUUUUUGGUGACAUACAUGGCACCACUGUGUCUUAUGGUAUUGGCUUAUCUGCAAAUAUUUCGUAAACUGUGGUGCCGACAGAUCCCUGGAACAUCAUCUGUAGUUCAGAGAAAAUGGAAGCCCCUGCAGCCUAUUUCACAGCCUCGAGGGCCAGGACAACAGACCAAGUCUAGGAUAAGCGCUGUGGCCGCUGAAAUAAAGCAGAUCCGAGCCAGAAGGAAAACAGCCCGGAUGUUGAUGGUUGUGCUUUUGGUGUUUGCAAUUUGCUAUCUACCAAUUAGCAUCCUCAAUGUGCUAAAGAGAGUAUUUGGGAUGUUUACCCACACUGAAGACAGAGAGACUGUGUAUGCCUGGUUUACAUUUUCACACUGGCUUGUAUAUGCCAACAGUGCUGCGAACCCAAUUAUUUAUAAUUUUCUCAGUGGAAAAUUUCGAGAGGAAUUUAAAGCUGCAUUUUCUUGCUGUUGCCUUGGAGUUCACCAUCGCCAAGAGGAUCGGCUCACCAGGGGACGAACUAGCACAGAGAGCCGGAAGUCCCUUACCACCCAGAUCAGCAAUUUUGAUAACAUAUCAAAACUUUCAGAGCAGGUUGUGCUCACCAGCAUAAGCACACUCCCGGCAGCCAAUGGAGCAGGGCCACUUCAAAACUGGUAUCUACAGCAGGGGCCACCGUCAUCGCUACCGUCAACCUGGUUGGAGGUCUGA